CACCCUUUACUUUGUCUGAGUCGACAUUACACUUGUAGGUUGUGAGAUUUUCUAGAGAGAGAGAGAGAGAGAGAGAGAGAGAUGGAAAAGAUCUCCGGGUUAGGCCAUCUUUUCAUGACAGUCUUCCUCUACAACUUCUCCAUAUUUAUGGUGAUUCCGGCCAUUACUGACGUCACCAUGUCUGCACUUUGCCCCGGAGAAGAUGAGUGCUCAUUAGCCAUAUACCUCACCGGAAUUCAACAAGCGAUAAUGGGAUUGGGAACGCUGGUGAUGAUGCCUCUGAUAGGGAAUCUGUCUGAUACUUAUGGGAGGAAAUCUAUGCUCACAGUCCCCAUGUGUCUCACCAUCAUCCCUCUAGCCAUAUUGGCGUGUAGUAGGGAAAAGAGCUACUUCUAUGCUUAUUUCGUGCUCAAGACUCUGAUUUCCAUGGUUUGUGAAGGAAGCGUCCACUGCCUUGCCCUUGCUUACGUUGCGGAUAAUGUACCGGAGAACCAACGGGCGUCCGUGUUUGGAAUCCUUUCGGGGAUCAGCUCCUCUGCAUUCGUCUGCGGAAACCUCUCCACUCGCUUCCUCUCCACUCCUUCCACCUUCCAAGUUUCUGCAUCAGUAGCGGCAAUAGCGACAGUAUACAUGAGAGUUUUGCUACCGGAGUCGAUGGCAGACGAAAUUCGGAGAAAUACUAAGGAAGAAGAAGUUAGCAUUAGCCUUUUGGAUGAAGAUAGAAACUCCAGAAAGAAUCAAGUCAGAGUGUUCAAAACAAUGCCUUCCUUUGAUGAUACUGUCUCCUUGCUUAGGAGCAGCUUGACAUUUUCACAGGCAGCUAUUGUUGCGUUCUUUACAAGUCUUGGUGACGUCGGCCUUCAUGCUGCAUUAUUGUACUAUUUAAAGGCGAAGUUUCACUUCAGCAAAGACCAGUUUGCUGAUUUAAUGGUGAUUAACGGGAUUUCAGGGACCGUUUCUCAGAUGGUUCUCAUGCCCAUUUUGGCCCCCACCAUAGGAGAGGAGAAGCUGCUUUCAAUGGGGCUCUUUUUCAACUGUACACAUAUUCUUCUUUACAGCAUUGCGUGGGCACCCUGGGUUCCUUACGCUUCUGCAAUGAUCUCUCUUCUAGCUGUAUUUGCACAUCCUUGUAUACGAAGCAUCGUGUCCAAGCAAGUUGGGCCUAGCGAGCAGGGGAAGGCUCAAGGCUGCAUUUCAGGCUUAUGUUCCUUUGCUAAUGCUGUUUCUCCAUUCGCUUUCAGUCCUUUAACAGCUUUAUUCCUGUCUGCAAAUGCACCAUUUCAUUUCCCAGGUUUCAGCAUUGCUUGUGCCGGAUUUGCUGUGAUGAUAGCAUUUGUUCAGAGCAUCAUGAUAAGAGCCGUUCAUCCUAUUUCGAGUUUCAAAGUCCGCAAUUACAGCUGCGUUGCAGAGCCUUAGCUUUAAUCGGGUAUGGAUUCUCAAAUUAGUAUCUUUAAUCAGGUUGAACUGGAGUACAUAACAACGAUAGAGAGCCAAAUGUAAGAACUCUUCAAGCUAAAGGGGGCCUUGAACAGAGUUUAGCACAUAGAAAUCUAUUAGUCAUAUGUUAUUGAGGCAAUCUCUUCUUGUCCUGAUGCAAUGGUUCCGAAAGUCCAAUAUGUAUCGCCAUAAAAGUUUGAUGAUUUUGAAUAAAAAUUGUGCUAUCAUUACUCUUCAUUUAGAUGUGAAUUCUUGCAUGAAAGUUGCUAACAUGAGUUGGAGGAAAAAUGGAACAACUCAGGUGUCGAAAACCUGCAGAGAGAGGGAAAUGACAGGGAACGGGAAACUAAAGAACUGAACAUAUGCGUUUGUAAAAUUCAGAUAAAACAUAAAGGUGAACCCCUUACAGUUAUGCUGGAAACCUUAGCGCUAAUGCGUCCGUUGUAGUGCCAAGUAUUCAACGACUCUGCUGUUCAACUAACGCAAAGACUUAAGAGGUAGCGGUUAGUGUUAAUCUUUCGUCAGCAGUGCAACAAGUUUCGUAGAGAUAUGAACGAAUAAUUUCACUAUGCCAGUGUCCUGAUAAGGCAACAUAUACCCCCCAUAAGAGUAAUAGAUUUCAGUGUUAACAAUCGAUCUGUCCAUCCUGUGAUUUCUGAUUUGAGUCAUAGGCUACCCCCCUAUCUUACAUGGAUCCUCCUAAAUGCAUAAUAUAUCCUUGUCGAACACUCAACUCUCGGAUAAGAGUGUGGGAUGUGGGAUCCAUGUCCAAGGGAUAUAUUUAGUCGGACAUACACUUCGCAAGCAUAUUCUAGAAUUCGAAUUUUGGCCAAUCCCCAGUCCUUGAGAUAUGUAAACUGAAUGAAGAGUAAACUUUGACACAUAGUGAAUGAAGCGGACGCUUAGACACAUACCCGAGCCCCUGAAGGAUAAACACCUCCCGAUGGAUAUAGUGACGAGAUACUUAUACAAAAAAAAUGGAUAUAGUGAUGAGAUUGCUUCAAAUUUGUCAACCAAGUGUUAUAUCCAACAAAUACAAUGUGACAUUCACGUCUCCAUAAAGAACUCCCGAACAUGGCAAAGAAAACCAGAUACAUUGAAGUGCUCAAGAAAGAAAAUGGCCGGAAAGCCAAAAAGGAAAGAAAUUAACAGAGAAAUAGGAUAAUCGGUUCAAACUUAUCGUAGUAAUACAAAGGGAAUACUGUACUACUACUACUACUACUCUAGUUAACGGUCACUUUCCCAAUCAUGCCAGCUCCCUGGUGAGGCGCACAGUAGAAACUGUAAGUACCUUUCUCAGUCAAGGUCACCGAGUAAGCCUCCCCAGGCCCGUUGAGAUAAUCCUCCUCACUCAUCGAUAUCUUUCCCACGUCCACGCCCGACGGGACCCCGUCCUCGUCGAACACCACGUUGUGCGGGAACCCCGCAUUGUUCUUGAACACGAUCUUCUCGCCGGAGGCCACCGAGAAGCUGCUGGGCUCGAAAACCAAGCCGCCGUCGGAGCUCCCGAGCAAGACGUCGAUGGCCAUCGCGUUCCCGGCAAGCGCUGCGCCGGCCACGGUGGCGACGACCGCCGCGCCGACUUGCUUGAGGGAAGCCUUGAUGCUGAACUUCGGGAACGAAGCCGCGGCCGGAACCUUGGCGGCGGUGGCGGUGAGUUUCGAAGAAGAUUUUAGGGUGGUGAGGGAUGGGAUGGUGAUAGCAGAGGAGGUAACAGUUGCCAUCGGAGAGGGUUUUUUGUACUUUGGAAAGGAAGAGUUCUGGAGCUGGGUGUGUUAUGUUUUGUGUUGAAAUC